AAAACCUCAGUCCCUAUCUUUCAUGGCGCAGGAUGAAGACCACCAGAGUUUGCGAUAGAAAGAAUAAAACUUUUAUGAAACACAUCACCACAAAUUAGCGUGUAAAAUCUGUGCUCUGUCAACGUGGGGCUUACUAAUUUGGAAAUACGGUGACUUUGUAAGUUAUAUUUUUUUAAAUAAAUCGUUCUUUGGGAUAAAUGCAAGACAAAAGCAGAGAAGGGAAGAAUGGACAAUGACAAAAGAACGAAAGAAAAAAAAACAUAAUCAAUGAACGGGUUAAAUUUGACUCAUACCAUCUUUGAGAAAUUGAAAUUGGGUAAAAAAUUCCUCCGCCGUGGCUACGGAGAAAGCGAGGUAGAAGUACUUAGCCUGAAAGUAGAUAGUGAAUGCAGUUAUACGCUUAAAAGUCAGAACUAUUUGUAACCCAUUUUUAACUAGUUAUUUGCAUGUAAUAUAUUAGAAAACUGGUAUGCGAUAUUUAUGGAUAGUCAUAAUUUAAUGAAUGAUUUUUGCUAGAGUAAACACUCAUUGAUGGGUCUAUCCGUAAUUUCCUGCGGAAGAAUACAUUUUCCUCUCAGUACAGUGAUAGGGGAGCGAGGAGAAAAGUUUAGAAACUUAGAGCUCGACUUCACUUUAAAAAUCCGCCAAAAUUGACGAAAAAUGAGUGGGUAGGUCAUGGAAUAGAACGUUUUAAAUUAAAAAAUCGGUUUUAAAAAAGAGUUUGCUAAAUUUUAUUUGGAUUUUUAUUAGUUCACCUUUCUAGCUAAACUAGACUAGCUAACCUGACGGAGCUCAGCCUGGCGCUGGCGGCUCUAUGUGGAAAUUAAAUAAAACAUGGGUAAGCUACCCGGUGUCUCUUCGGGAAAAGUCAUCUUCUUCGUCGCUUGCUGGAUCCACAUUUCAGCGGCUCUGCAGUGUUUAGAUUCCAUCGAGCCCUGUGUGAACAACGCAACCUGCAUCGUCUUUAACAAUGGCACUGGAUACUGCAGAUGUACUUCAGGCUUCAUUGGGGAGUACUGUCAUCACAAGGACCCCUGUCACCCUGGUUACUGCUUCAAUGGGGGCGACUGCAUUGCCAACUUGUCCGGGGUGCCUGCCAGCCCCUCCUGCACCUGCCCCCUGGGCUUUACUGGUCAAACUUGCCAGACUCCCCAGAACUCUGCCUGCUACCCCAAGAACCCCUGUGCCAACAGUGGUAUAUGCACCCUGCUCUCCCUGGACAAGCAUGAAUGUCGCUGUGCUCCUGGAUGGACAGGCCCCCGAUGCACCCGCGAGGACAGCUGUGUCUCCAACCCCUGUGCCAAUGGGGGCAUCUGUAGCCCCCAGUCCGGGGGCAGGUAUAGCUGCAGUUGCCCCAAGGGGUAUCAAGGUCGUCGCUGUCUGAAUGACACCAACGAGUGUGCACUUACCCCGGGCCUAUGCUCCCGCGGGGAGUGCGUGAACACGCUGGGCUCGUACCACUGCGUGUGCCCCGUGGGUUACACUGGCCGCCACUGCGAGACGCCAUACGUGCCCUGCUCACCGUCGCCUUGCAUUAACGGGGGCACCUGCCGGCAGACGUCCGACACCAGCUACUGGUGCCACUGCCUGCCAGGCUUCAACGGGACCAACUGCGAGAUUAACAUCGACGACUGCCCUGAGCACCGCUGCCAGAACGGGGGCACCUGCAUGGACGGCGUCAACACUUACAACUGCCAGUGUCCACCUGAAUGGACAGGUCAGUUCUGCACUGAGGAUGUGGACGAGUGCCGCCUGCAGCCCAACGCCUGCCAGAAUGGUGGCACGUGCAGCAACAUGCAGGGGGGCUACAGCUGCGUGUGCGUCAAUGGCUGGAGCGGCCUGGACUGCGCCGAGAACAUCGACGACUGUGCCACAGCCGCCUGCACCAACGGCUCCCGCUGCAUCGACCGUGUCGCUUCUUUCAUAUGCGUCUGCCCCUACGGGAAGACAGGCUUGCUCUGCCACGUGGACGAUGCCUGCAUCAGUAACCCGUGCCGAGAGGGGGCGCAGUGCGACACCAACCCAAUCAAUGGCAAAUUUAACUGCAACUGCCCUCCUGGUUAUGUGGGCAGCACCUGCAGGGACGACGUCAACGAGUGUAUCAUGGGCUCGAACCCCUGUGAGCAUGGCGGGCAGUGCGUCAACACGGAGGGCUCCUUCAUGUGUAACUGUGCGCCGGGCUACACGGGACCGCGCUGCGAGCAGGACAUCAACGAGUGUGCAUCCAGCCCCUGCCGCAACGACGCCACCUGCCUGGACCAAAUCGGCGACUACAAUUGCAUCUGCAUGCCGGGGUUCGAGGGAGUGCACUGCGAGACUGACAUCAAUGAGUGUGCCAGCUUCCCUUGCCUGAACAAUGGCAUUUGCCUGGACCAAGUCAACCACUUCGUCUGCCAGUGCCCUCCAGGUUUCAGCGGAGACAUGUGCCAGGUAGACAAUGAUGAGUGCGCCAGCACGCCCUGCCUCAACGGCGCCAAGUGCAUUGACCGGCCCAACGGAUAUGAGUGCGAAUGCGCUGAAGGUUUUACGGGCCCACUGUGCGAGGAGAACAUAGACGACUGCAACCCCAAGCCCUGCCACCAUGGCGAGUGUCGUGACGGCAUCGCCACCUUCUCCUGCGACUGCUACCCGGGAUACACCGGCCUCAUCUGCAACACGCAAGUGCAGGAGUGCCAGAGCAACCCGUGUCAGAACCGGGGCCGCUGCAUCGACCUGGUCAACAAGUACCAGUGCAACUGCCUGGCCGGGACCACUGGUGUAAACUGUGAGAUCAAUUUCGACGACUGUGCCAACGACCCGUGUGAGUAUGGAGAGUGCCAGGACGGGAUCAACGAAUACAAGUGUGUGUGCAAUCCAGGAUACACAGGGGAGAAGUGUGAUGUGGAGAUAAACGAGUGCGACUCUAACCCCUGCCUGAACGGGGGCACGUGUGAAGAUCGGCCGAACGGAUUCCAGUGUCUCUGCCCCACGGGCACCCAUGGGCCUGUUUGCCACUCCGGGGCUGACCGCUGCUUCCCCCAGCCCUGCGAGCACGGCGAGUGUGUGGAGCUACACGACGGAUACCGCUGCGAAUGUGAUCCAGGUUGGGAGGGUCAGCACUGUGAGCUGGACAUCAACGAGUGCCAGUCCAACCCCUGCCAGCACGGAGCCACCUGUACCGACCGGCUCAAUGACUAUACCUGCAAGUGCAAGCGUGGCUUCACAGGUGAGAACUGUGAGGUCAACAUAGACGAGUGCAAGUCCAACCCCUGCAUGAACCGUGGUACCUGUGUGGACGGAAUCAACAGCUACAAAUGCCUCUGCUCCCCACCCUACACAGGUAACGGGUGCGAAUGCGGAGGCAGGGCCCAGGGAGGGAAGGGCGGGACCCCACAACGUGCUGGGUAUCGGUCCAGGAGGUGCCAGUUUUGCGGGUGUGUCAGUUCGAAUAACGGUGAAUCUGCGGGAUAUCCGUGUGCACCUGUGCGUCAUCGCUGUACAUAUACUCUGCACACAGGUGCGCAGUGCGCGGACAAGGUGGACUCAUGCAGCACCAGCCCCUGUCAGAACCGCGGACGCUGCCUCAACCACCAGGGCAGCUACUCCUGCGAGUGCCAGAUGGGCUUCAGUGGGCGCAACUGUGAGAUCAACAUUGACGACUGCUCCUCCAAUCCCUGCUUGAACGGCGGCACCUGCCUGGAUGGUGUGGGCAGCUACUCAUGCAGCUGCAGGCCGGGCUUUCAUGGCCGGCGCUGCAACAUUGAGGUGGACGAAUGCGCCAGCAACCCGUGCCAAAACGGCGCCCGAUGCAGCGACUACGUCAACAGCUACACGUGCGAGUGCUCGCCCGGAUUUGACGGAAUCCACUGCGAGCACAACAUCCCUGAGUGCACGGAAAGCUCCUGCCUAAACAACAGCACCUGCAUCGACGGCAUUAACAAGUUCUCUUGCCGCUGCCGGCCUGGUUUUACCGGAGCCUUCUGCCAGUUUGAGAUCAACGAGUGUAAGUCCCUGCCCUGCAAGAAUGGCGGCACCUGCACCGAUGGCUUGGACUCCUACCAUUGCUCUUGCCCACUGGAGUACACUGGUCACAACUGCCAGUUCUUGGCAAACCUCUGCAGCUCCUCACUGUGCCUCAACGGUGGGACGUGCAUCCAGCGGGGGACGUUGUGGGGGUGCCACUGCCCCGAGGGCUGGACGGGGCUCUACUGCGACGUCCCCAGCAUGUCCUGCCAGGCCAUCGCCACCCGCAAAGGUGUGUCUGUGGACAUGGUGUGCCAGCAUGCCGGCCGCUGCCUGGACGUGGGCAAGACCCACUACUGCCAGUGCCAGGCGGGCUACAUGGGCAGCUACUGCGAGAAGGAGGUGGACGAGUGUCUGUCCAACCCGUGCCGCAAUGGCGCCACCUGUGUGGACUAUCAGGGGGCCUAUGAGUGCCAGUGCAAGCCUGGCUUCCAGGGGGUCAACUGUCAGUACGAUGUGGACGAGUGUCAGUCUCAGCCCUGCCUACACGGAGGGACGUGCAUCAACCUGGAGAACCGCUUCUCCUGCUCUUGCCCGCCGGGCACUUAUGGUGCCCGCUGUGAGGUGGACGUGGAUGACUGUGCGCCUGAGCCCGGCUCCUCUCGACCCCGUUGCCUGAACGGGGGUCAGUGUGUGGAUGGCGUGGGCCGCUUCCACUGCUCCUGCCCCCCGGGCUUCGCUGGUGAGCGCUGCGAGGGCGACGUCAACGAGUGCCUAUCCGCGCCCUGCCGUGCCCCUGGCAGCCUGGACUGUAUCCAGCUGGCUAAUGACUACCAGUGCCGCUGCCAGCUGGGCUACACAGGACGGCACUGUGAGUCCAUGGUGGAUCUGUGCAAAUCCAGGCCGUGUCACAACGGGGGGAUCUGCUCCAUGAACACCAGCUCCAUGCUCGGAUUCAGCUGCACCUGCCAGCCGGGUUUCUCAGGGAUCAACUGCGGGGACCUUGAGGGCUCAGGAUGCACCAGCCUGCGUUGCCAGAACGGCGGGUUCUGUCAAGAAACGGCAGGUGGGCGUCCUCAGUGCCACUGCCUGCCUGGCUUUGGGGGUCAGCGCUGUGAGACGGCACUGAGCUGCCAGGCCAUGUCCUGCCUGAACGGGGGCACCUGCGAGGCAGACCUGCACUCUGGGGGGCGCCCCUACUGCCGCUGCCCUGUCCUCUUCUCCGGCCGGCAUUGCGAGAUGCGCCAGCCCACUCCCACGUUGCCCGCAGUCCCCGAGACGGCAUGCCCAUUCCCCGAGUGCCAGCAGCAGGCAGGCGACCAUGUGUGCGACCAGCAGUGCAACCGACACGAGUGCAAGUGGGACAGCGGCGACUGCUCGCUGAACUGGCAGAAGUCAUGGGAGCGCUGCGCUGCUCCCGUGCCCUGCUGGCAACUCUUCCGCAAUGGCCGCUGCGACCCCGAAUGCGACAGCUCCGAGUGCCUCUUUGACAGCUUUGAGUGCCAACCAGCGCCCUCUCUCUGCAAGUACGACAGGUACUGCGCCGAUCACUACGCCAACGGCCACUGCAACCAGGGCUGCAACACGGAGGCGUGUGGCUGGGACGGCCUGGACUGCGUCCCAGACGCGCCGGCGCAGGUGGCUGACGGCACACUUGUGGUGGUGGUCCUGCUGCAGCCGCACGAGCUGUUGGAAGACCUGCGUGAAUUCCUGCGCUCGCUGGGCACGUUGCUGCACACUAACGUGCGCGUCAAGCUGGAUGAGCAGCAGAAGCCCAUGGUCUACCCCUACUAUGGCCCGGAGAGCGACGGCACCAGCGGAGGGGCGGCCCUAUCCAAAGGCAGGGGCAAGCGGGAGCUGGGCGAGAAGGAGGUCAUUGGGUCCAAGGCCUACUUGGAGAUCGACAACCGGCAGUGUUCCCAGAACUCGAAGCACUGCUUCUCCGACACGGAGCUGGCAGCGUCCUACAUCGCCGCCGAGUACCUGAAGAAAGAGCUACCCUACCCGGUUAUCUCCGUGGACAGUGAACCCAGUAUCCCGAUUCCCUCUCACCUGAUGUACGUGGUGGGCGUGGCCGUCUUCAUUAUCCUGCUCAUCUUGGUGCUGGGGGUGCUGGUGGCCAAGCGCAAGCGCAAGCACGGCAUCCUGUGGCUCCCCGACGGCUUCAUCACGAAGAAGGACGCCAAGCGCCGGGAGCCCGUGGGCCAAGAUGACUUCGGCCUGAAGAACCUGGUGAAACCUCAGGAUGGAGGGAUGAUGGACACCGACCAGAAUAAGGGGUGGCUUGAAGAGGGCCUACCAGCGAAGAAGGCGAGGACGGAGGGUAAGCCGCUCCUGUCUGUGGGGGUGGACGGAGGCGUAGACCGACGGGAGUGGACACUGCAGCACCACAAGGCGGCCGACAUCACGCUGACGCCUCCCCAGGCUGACCUCGAUAUGGACUGUCUGGAUGUCAACGUCAAGGGCCCAGAUGGGUUCACCCCCCUCAUGCUGGCCUCCCUGCGUAGCGGGGGCACGGCGGAGUGCAGCAGCCUGACGGGCGAGGAGGAGGAGGAGAGUGGGCUGGACGAGCCGGGGGCCAGCGUCAUCACUGACCUCAUCGCCCAGGGUGCCACACUGAUGGCGCAGACCGACCGCACGGGCGAGACCGCGCUGCACCUGGCUGCCCGCUACGCCCGUGCCGACGCCGCUAAGAGGCUGCUGGAUGCAGGGGCCGACCCCAACGCGCAUGACAACAUGGGUCGCACCCCCCUGCAUGCUGCCGUCUCUGCUGAUGCGCAGGGAGUCUUCCAGAUCCUGAUCCGGAACCGUGCAACAGACUUGGACGCGCGCAUGAAUGAUGGCACCACACCCCUGAUCUUGGCGGCGCGCCUGGCCGUGGAAGGCAUGGUGGAGGAGCUUGUACACUGCCACGCCGACGUCAACGCAGUCGACGACCACGGUAAAUCUGCUCUGCACUGGGCUGCAGCCGUCAACAAUGUGGAGGCCACUCUGGUGCUCCUGAAGAACGGAGCCAACCGGGACAUGCAGGACAACAAGGAGGAGACACCCCUAUUCCUGGCAGCACGGGAGGGCAGCUUCGAAGCGGCCCAGGUGCUGCUGGACCACUACUCUAACCGGGACAUUACAGACCACCUGGACCGGCUGCCCCGGGACACAGCGCAGGAGCGCAUGCACCACGACAUUGUGCGCCUGUUGGACCAGUACAACUUGGUGCAGAGUCCUCAUGGCGGCCAGGCCCACAUGGGCGCAGGUGGCGCCCACUCCGCCCUGGGCUGCGGCUCCGGUGUGGGUUUCGUGGGCAUGCGUGCCGGACCCCAAAGCAAAAAGAGCCGACGUGGGGGAGCCAAGGCGACCGGGGCUGGGACCGGAGGCGGGGUGGCCAAGGAGCUGAAGGAUGUGAAAACCAAGCGCAGGAAGAAGCCGGCUGGAGGGGAGAUGCCCUCCACGGGGCCGGCUGGGGGCGGGGCUGGGGGUGGUGCUGGGAGCGUCGCAGCCAAUGCCAAGGCAGCCAAUGGGGGCCUCUCUGAGAGCUCGGUCACCCUGUCGCCAAUCGACUCCCUCGAGUCCCCGCAUUCAUUUGCCGGAGACGCUGCCGGCGUGACCACCACUACCGCCGCCUCCCCGCCCCUGCUGUCCAGCCCCUCCGCACGGCCGCUGCUGCCCCCUGUGAGCCACAUGCUGGGCCAGCAGCAUGCCUGGGCGGGGCUUGCCAAGCAGGGCUAUGGCCUGCUCCCGCACGCACUGGGCGCGCCACACCCCGCCUCCAGCAUGCUGGGCCCUAUGAAUGUCACCAUGAGCCGGGAACAGCUCCCCCCCAUAGUCACCUUCCAGAUGAUGGCGCCGGGCACCGGUCAGGCCAUGCUGAAGCAGUCACAGCUGGGCCAGGUGCAGCAGCACUCCCAGGCUCUCCCCCCCCAUCUGCAGUGUGCACCGGGCAUGAUGUACCAGAUGCCGGACGUGGGUCUCACGCGGCCCCUGUCCCACACCCUUCCCCACCCCCACAGCCACUCUGUGGCACACAGCAACGGCCUUGGCGACCCCCAGCCUCGUCAGCUCCCUCCCUACCACACCAUGCAGAGUCCUGUGGAUAAAUACCCGACACCCCCCUCCCAGCACAGCUGUGCCACAGCCAGCUCUGAGGGCACGACACCAGGGCACCCGGCUCACCCCCCCAAUGAGCACCCCUACCUCACCCCAUCCCCGGAGUCGCCCGACCCCUGGUCAUCGUCCUCUCCCCACUCCAACUCGGACUGGUCUGAUGUAACAACCAGCCCCACCCCUCUGGGGAACCUGCACACGCUGCCCCCGUCCCGGCACACACACAUUCCGGAGCAAGCGCCACGGCAACCACAAGUGCAGCAGAUGCAGGCGCAACAGCCCCAACACAGCGGCAUGCAAGUCUAUGCAUAGGCUCUGACCUUUGACCUCUUCCUUAUGUCCAUAUCCUCACUAAGACAGCUGGCUGACAGCGAUCUGCUCUGUCCCCCUUGACUUUACGCAUCUGGAUCGUUUUCCCUUCUCUCACUACACCCCUGGCGUCUCCAUCCACUCCUUCAGUCCUCUAUACUUGCAUUUUGCAUAGUAGCUAUUUAGUUCCAAAAUGUCUUUCUGCUGCUGACCUUCAGCGAAAACCCUUCACUCCCUGCCAUCGCUGUCAUGAGCUUCAUUUGUGAGAAUCUGCAGUAUCACUGUUCUUUGUCCAGUUUGUCUGCCUGUGCAUCAUGGGGGCUGAGCUCAUCUUCAGAGAUUUACAGGGAGUUAUUUCACGUUGCACUUUGCAGUGGGUAACAUCUGCUGACCUGAGCUCCAUCAGCCGUGAACAAACAGUGAUGUUCUGCCAGGAAGAUGGAUGGAAACAGGUGGAAAAACUGAGGACAGACAAUAUUUUUCAGUGAAUGGACUUUUUGCCAUAAUACAUAACUAAUAUUUUCUCUUUCUUUUGAAGGAUAAAUCUUUAUGUAAAAUGCAAUUUGUCUUUGCUCUUCAUCCCUAUGCAGUUUUUCAUAGAGUAACGUUACAUUUUUUCUUGUUAGUAUGUUAACUUAAUUCUGGGUUUUUCCGCCUGUAAAAGUUGUGAUAAGCUGUGUUUUUUUUGUUUCUAAACCAAAAAUGUUGUGUUGAUGGGUGGUUUUUGGUUAUGAUGUUGUGAAGCCUUGGUCAAUGUUGUUAGGAAGCCCCCUGUUUCAGCACAGUGGGUUACAAGGCGCACAGUCUGAUGCGUAUAAGAUCGCCCUGGUGUUUCAUUGGGCUUCUACUUAAACUGUGGUGCAAGAGGUGAUAUUUUUUUCUACAUGUACUGUGCAUUGUUUAUCUUGCUCUCUGAACUAACUGGUAUUCUUGUGUCUGAAAGGGAGGCAGGGUGUCAGGGUGCAGUGUCAGAUGGGGGGGGGGACAGUCUGUUACUGAGAAAUACAAGUUGAGACUGAUGGUUGAGGCAGAGUGACGGUGGGAAACCGGAUGUGAGUGGCAAAGUGGCAUCGUCAGAGGGGCUUCUUGCGCGUUCAGAUUGUUCGGAGCGCUCUCUGUCGCAGCAUUAUGAGUGCCUCAUGAGUCUUACCAGGCUCUAGUGACCUAGAACAGAGGUCACUAGUGGUGACACAACACUGAUGCACAUUGGACAGGAGUGUGGCUUCACGCUGCCCCCUCCUGUCCUCGUUUUUCCUAUACAGUGACGAUGUCAUCAUUGUUGCCUUUCCUUAAAUACUGUCUUUUUGUAUUGUGCCCACUGUCAUCAGUGUAACUGGCUGUUUGUUUUUUUGUUUGAAAUAGCAAAUAUUCACUUUCUCUCAAUUGCAAUCAAUGUUUUGUGCCUUUUAAAUUUUGAUGCAAUUUAAGAUCCACAUUGAAUAUCUCUGAGAUGUUUAUAUUGUAGUAUUUGUUCCUCGUGAGCUUGACUUUCUCUUUCUCUCUUGCCGUCAUACAUUUACAGACAAUCAGUGAAUGUCUCGCACAGUGAUGGCCCACAAAACCGCGUCUGAACUGCACCAAUUUGUUAACAUUUACAAAUGUUACUAUGAUUGGCUUUUUUAAGUAGAAUGGGAAAACCUGUUACCUGUGGUACAUUUAUAUAUGAUUUUGUCAGUGUUUGACUUUUUCUGGACCAGCAGAAGAGCAGAUAAAUUGAUGAGCCCGACUUAGAUGUAAAAUAUUUAUCUAUGAUGAUGCGUGAUUAAGGUAUAGAGAGGAAGAAGCUGGUGAUUUACAUUGUUUACUGGUAGCUGUGUUAGUAGAUUGUCGGUUAUAAUGGUACCAGUGGGACUAGAACACAUCGGAUUCGUUAUCACGGAAUCCAAAGUUAUAUCUGAUUUAACCAGUUAUGACUCAACUUUUACAUGCAGCAUUGUUUCUCACUAGCUUUUAGUUUGGGUCUGGCUGUCUUGUCCCACACCAUGCUUUUUGCUUGUUUUCUGGAAUGUUUUAGUGAAUUGUUUUGUGUCUCAUCGAUUGCCUGUAAAUGCUACACCAGUGACAAGCGUGACCGGUCUCGUCUGUGGAUGAGAGCGUGCAAAGGCGCCACAGCUGACUGUUGAUUGCACUUGUUUUGUUGUCAACAAGUCAUUGUGCAUUGAAAUGCUCUGUCCUUUAAACAUUUCCGUUCAGUAGCACUUAGCCCUCAAAUUGUGCAGUUUAUAGUCAGGCUUGUCUUUCGGUGUGUAUGUCUGUGCGUGUGUGCAUCCACCCGCGCGUCCGUAUUUGCGUGUGUUGGGGGCAUGGGCGUAUAAUCCUGCCUACGUACUAGUCACCCAAUCAGCAGUGCCCAUAGGCCUCUCUUUCUCACCUAAGUGCUCCUUAUAAGGCUAUUUUAACAUACUGUAUAUAAACCAUAUUUUACAUCUAUUGUACUUUCGGUCUUUUUAUCUAUAUAUAUAUAUAUAUAUAUAUAU